UCACCACUUCGAGCGUAUGAAAUGAAGCGUGUGAAAAGUACUGCAUGUAUUCUCGUUAAAUUAUAAGCAUUAUGUAAGCACAUUAAUUUUUUAUUCGGGUAAUUUUAUUCAACAAUGACAGACGAGUCACAUUCACACGUAAAGCAUAAGAAUAAGUAAUGAUUCGUCAUUUGGAUGAAACGUAUACACUGGUGUGGAUUUCGUUAUUAUCUGGCGGCAGCAGCGAUUACUUUUACGUUGGAAGAAUGUUUAUAGAUAAUUUAUUUAGUCAAUGCCAUAUUUGUCAAUGGCGCCUUUUCCGCCAAAAAAUAAUCAUCCCUCAUGUCGACGUAAUGUCAGUCAAGCCUGCAGCAAUACAACCUACCCCAAGAUGACCCCACCCAAAUACCGCCCCAAAAUCAAAUUUCCAUUGGAUAUUACCAGCCCCUUGGUGACUAUGCCCAUAUUUUAUUGGCUUGUGAAGCACGUCGCUCACGCCCAACAUUCCUUACCUACACAGUAAAAAACGCGGCUGAGGACAUAACUAAUGGUGGAUCAUCCCACUGGAGAUUCCGAUUGGACAAGGACGCGAGAUUGCGCGCUGCAAUUGGAACAGAGUUUCUCCUCGUUCUCCUCUGCCGUGACGCUGUCAAGAUUGGUUGCGUCGUUUCUAAGUUGAUGUCAGCCCAAACGAAGCCCGUGAAACUCCUCCCGUCUCAAAAUUAUGAGUGACCAACAGCAAGAUGAAAUGGCCGCGUUGGUGGAAAGCGGUGGAGGUUUCCUUCAAAAACGAAACUCGAAUACGGGGCAGGACUCUCAGCAGCCGUCUCCCUUGGCUCUGCUGGCUGCCACCUGCAGUCGCAUCGACACUCCCGGUGAGGGUGACGCAGAGUCCGAGCAGCAGCAGUCCCAGCAGCAGGGUCAGCUUUUAGACCAGGCCCAGCUGACCCAAACGCCCAAUGGCUGGCAGAUCAUCCCGGUCAGCGCUCAGCAGUCUUCUGGUACCAGCACUUCCGGCACCACAACGUCCGGGCAGGGUACCAUGGCCGAGGCGGGGAAGAACAGGCAGGCGGCUACAGGCCAGCCGGGGCAGCAGUAUGUAGUAGCCGCCACUCCCACUAUACCUGGCCAGCAGGUCCUCACUGCCCUGUCUGGGGUCAUGCCCAACAUCCAGUAUCAGGUCAUCCCCCAGUUCCAGACGGUGGAUGGACAGCAGCUCCAGUUUGCCACAGCCCAGCAGGACCCAACAGCAGCAGCGGCAGGACAGUUCCAGCUGGUGUCCUCUCCUGGCGGUGGGCAGCAGCUGAUCGCAACUGCCAAUCGGGGGGCGGGUACCGGGAACAUCUUAACCAUGCCUGGCCUUAUCCAGCAAGCGAUCCCACUGCAGAACCUGGGCUUGGGUAACAUACAGAACCAGACUCCGUUCUUGGCCAACAUGCCUGUGUCGCUCAAUGGGAACAUCACCCUUCUGCCUGUAGCCACAGGAGGCACUGGUGGUGAUGCCACUGGGGUUGGAUCUUCAGGGUCCUCCCAGCAGCUCCUACAGCAGCCAGUAUCUUCUACCACUGGGACUGGGUACUACACUAGCUCCACGGCUACCAUUACCACUCAGGCAGCUACCUCCUAUGGAGGUGGGACGCAGUCUCAGAGCAGCAGCAGUUUCCAGAGCUCAGUGCAGCCAGAUAACCGAGAUGGCCAACAACAGCAGCAGCCACAGCAAAUUCUCAUUCAGCCUCAGCAGCUUCUCCAAGGAGGACAUUCCCUGCAAACCCUACAGGCUGGUGCUGGCGGACAAGUCUUUGCACAGGCACUGCCACAGGACGCCCUGCAGAACCUGCAAAUUCAAGCCAUCCCCAACGCCAGCCCCAUUCUCGUGCGUACCCUGGGCCCCAAUGGUCAAGUCAGUUGGCAGACGCUGCAGCUGCAGAGUCCCACUGGAGCCCAGAUCACGCUCGCCCCAGUACAGUCUCUGCAGUCACUUCCUCAGUUGGCACAGACGGGCAGCGCAGGCGGGGUCACAGUGAACCCCGUGCAGCUGCCUGGCCUGCAGACCAUCAACCUGAACACACUGAGCAAUACAGGCCUCCAGAUGCACCAGCUGCAGGGGGUCCCCAUUGCCAUUGCAACAGGAGACCAGGGUCUGCAAACCAGUGGGGUGGGUGGAGACAGCCUAGAUGAUAGCACAGCCAUAGAUGAUGGAGGAGAGACCAGCCCACAACCUCCCAGUCGUCGUACACGCCGGGAGGCCUGUACCUGUCCCUACUGCAAGGAGGGUGAAGGACGCAGUGACCCUGGCAAGAAAAAGCAGCACAUCUGUCACAUCCCAGGCUGCGGGAAGGUGUAUGGCAAGACCUCCCACCUGCGGGCCCACCUGCGAUGGCACACUGGAGAGAGGCCCUUUGUCUGCUCCUGGUCCUUCUGUGGGAAGCGCUUCACUCGGUCUGAUGAGCUGCAGCGGCAUAAGCGGACGCACACUGGAGAAAAGAAGUUCUCAUGCCCAGAAUGUCCCAAACGCUUCAUGCGGAGUGAUCACUUGUCCAAGCACAUCAAAACCCACCUGAACAAGAAGGGAGCUGCUACCAACGCAACCAGUGAAACCACCUCUUCCACCACUGGCUCAGACUCUGUGGCCACAGGCGGAGUCCCAUCAGACCAGCACGCCCUCAUCACCAUGGAGACGCUGUCGCCCGAAAGCAUCUCACGGCUAGCCAGAAGCGGCGUCAAUGUCAUGCAGGUGGCUGACAUCCACUCCAUUAACAUGAACAGCAACGGCUACUGAGGCCAAUGACGGUGGCGAGAUGAGACGUGGGCCGUGGGUUUGGAACUGCUGGACUGGGGUGGGUGGGGAUGUGUAAAUGUUGGCAAGACUUGGGGGAGGGUUGUGGAGGGGUGUGGCUGAUAUUCUGGGGAGAGCAGAUCUGGAAAGCAGGGUGCUAGUUGGAGGAUCCUUUGUGUCUGAGGGAACUGGAGCUGAUUAAGUUAAAUUGCAAAAGGGGGAAGAAGUCAGGAUUCCAGCAGAAACGUGCAUGUACUCCAGUGUAUCUAUUUUAUUUUAUUUCUUAUUGUCCCCUUUCCUACCCUUUAAAAUUGCCCCCUCCCCUUCCUCCACAACCACUUGGAGCUACAAAGGACACCCUGCUGAAUUAUCGGGAGUUUGCCGUGAGGAAGGCUCCUGUCCCAAACCACACACUCCACUCUCCCAGUGAGCGCCCUCGCUGCUGCUCUUGGCCGGCGGCUCCCCUUUACUCUCAGGUCGGCUGUACCCUCUCCAGCAGAAGCGUACUCCAUUGUAGUGCUCGUUAAGUCACCGUGGUGCUGGGCGAAGUCAUUCUGGGAUUGCUCUGACUGUCAGUGGACGUGUAGACCACUCUGCGGCUAUGGAGAGCCGAACUGGGUCCACCAGCAUCAGUCCCAGGAGCACUAAUUAAUUGUGGGUGAAAGGACACUGAAUUUAUGGCUUUUUUUUUGCCUUUUAUAUGAACGAUAAUAUAGGUACACAUAUAAGCCAUCAUGCUUUGAUAAACCUGUCAGCAGUUUUUGUUUGCUUUGUUUUUGGAUAGCUUGCUUUUUGUAUAUAUAUUUUCUAGAUUUGGAAAUCUACAGCAACUCACCGUAGUAAGGAUCAACUUAUAUGGUCGCCAGAUGUUGCCUUUCUGCUGUGUGCCUCAUACACGAACAAUCUUAAAUCUGUUAUAUUCAUCAUCAUCAUCAUUAUUAUUGUUGCUUUUUUGUUAUUGUUAUAAUUUUUAUAUAAAUAGAUCUUGUGUGACCAAGUAUAUAGCUGGACAUAGAGAGAACAUCCGUUGUAUGCAUUUCAGAAAGUUGUCACUCCAGGUAUGGACGUCGGUCAUUCAACGUGACGGGACGGUUCAUUCUCAUCCUGUCUUUCAUGUUCAUCUAUAUUUUUGGGUUCAGUUCCUGUAGAAUUAGCUUGUUUAAUUGAGGAACGCAGUUUCGUUAAUAUUGGAUUUUUUUUUUUUUAGCGUGUAUUUCAAACGUUAAAAUUUAUGCUCAAACCAAAGGUCUUGUACACAAUAUCAGAUCUCUGGAAGGGGAAUGGUUCCCAUUGUCCUGGACUUAAGGUAAGAUGGACUGUAGGCUUGGGGGGUGGUGUACUGUCCAGAGUCCUGGAGCCGUGUGGAACCUGGCCCCUGUCACUUCCACUACCUGGACUGCUGUAGCAAGUUGCUUGUUUUGUUGUGGAUCAGGGUUGGCUUUUCUUUCUUUACUUGUUUCCACAGGAGAUCCUAGUUAUUGUGGAAGCAUAAAUGACAUUGUCGAGCUGUGCCAUAUGUCGGUUUUCUUUUUUUUUUUUUUUUUUGCUUUUUUUUGUCCGUCAGAUUAAAAAGGUCUAACUGGUGGCGAGCUAUCUUUUAACGUUGUGUUUAAGGUGUACCUUUUUAUACUGUUUUAGUCACAAUCGGCUGAAUGUCGUUACAGGCAAACAUGGGACGGGCUCUGAAAUCGGAAGUAGUUUCAGGAGAGAAGAAUGUUAAACCUUUUAAAGGGCAGUAUACAACUAUUAUUUAAAGUAUCUCUUUGGGAAUGUCAGGUGACUAAAAUAUAUAUAUAUAUAUAUUUAUAUUUAUAUACACGUAAUAAUGCCAGGGACAGUAUUUGGCUGGUAUAGACUCCUUUCCUAAGGUAACUUCUUUCCAGGGAACUUGGUGCCCUUUAACAUCAUGAAUUCUUUAUACAAUUUUGUUUUUGUUUUAUAAAUACAUAUAUGAGGGGGCUGAUCUUUUACUUGUGGGUUCCAUUACUGCAGAUGGCAACAGUGGGAUUAAAGUCCUUAUGAACACAAA